AGUAAUUUGAUCCUGAUCAAUAUCAACAGGAGUGGGAGACAGAUAGUAAACAAACUUUAUUAAAAGUUUGAAUGCAGCGGACUCGAUAACAAAUAUGUCAUUAUAUGAUUUCCAUAAGAUAUCUCAAGAGGAUCCUACUAGCAGAGAGAAUCUAAAAUUGUCAGAAGAGGAGAAGCAUGCUGCCACUCUUGGUCUUCUUCAUGCCCACUGCACAGCUUGUGUCAAUAGAUACUGUAACAUAACUCCGGAUGGACUCAGUAGUUGUUCAUUAAUAGACUGUCCAUAUUCUUGUGGUCAGAGGUUUCACAGAUGCAAACUUGAUGAGCAUGAAAAUUUCUGCAUGAGAAAAAAAGUUCCCUGUAUCAACUGUAUAUAUGGAUGUCCCUUUGAGAUAUCUAGGGAUCAACAGGCUAACCACAUUAGCACUUGUCCUGCAAGUGUUGUUAAGUGUAUGAUUGAAUGGCACAGAUGGCCAAUGCAUUCGAGUGAUUUACGUGUUAAAGCACCUCUGCCGUUGAAUAAUCCACAUGUACAAUGUGGACAGCUAGAUGUUGCCUUAGCACUACGAGAUCAACGUAUGCUGUUAGAAAAAAUGGCUUCAGAAAAAUCAGAGCCGUCUGUAAAAGCAAAAGAGGUGGCUGAUGACGUGCCAUGGAAAACCAGCGAGUUUCCUCCAGGUCUUCAAAAAUCUCUAUAUCAUGGAAUUUUUUCACCAUCACCAAAAGACAAUGAUUAUUGUGCCAAAGAUCCAGUCUGUGAUGAUAGAAAUAAUUUUGCAAAAGCACAUGCCUCCUCAAAGUUAGGUGAUACAGGUGUAGAUUACAUUUCAUCCCAAAUGGGGCUUGCAGGUCUUCGAAGAUUAAGCAGUAUUGAAAGAGAAAGACAGAAAAAGAUGGAAGAAUUACUAGCAACCUCUCGUCAACAGCAAGAGGAGGAAAACAUGAUGCAAUCCACUUCCACUGAAAUGAAAGAGGAGAGUUUAGAAGAAGGGGGUAGUGAUGAAGACAAAUUAGUCAACCUCUACAAGAGAAAAAUUCAACUUCAUGAACUUUUAGGUGUGUGCCUUACUAUGGAAAGCUAUUCUAGUGGAUCAAAACUAUUCCCAUUUCACUGUGGUCAGAGUUUUAGGAGAGAUGAGAUUGCAUGGCAUUUCAAAAAUGUUCACAAUGAAAUACACAGUGGUUUGAAUGGAGUUAUGGAGCAAAGAUGUCCCCUUGCUUAUUUAGGCUGUAGUUUUACUCAUCGCAAGCUUGUCCCUCUUAUACCAAGAGGAAAGAUUAUACACAGUUCUCUGUUAGGAAGUUUUGGUCUCACAAUUGGAGAGGAAAAUGAGUCUGAAAUAACUGAAUGCAUUGAUGAUCUACCAGCCUCAGGGAAUAAAGAUUCAGACAAGAUUCGACGACUUAGAGAAGCCACUCCUGAAAUUGUAACGUCUUCCAAAUAUGACUCUCUUAUCAAGGUCAUUCCAAGGUUCCGACGAGCAUCUGGACCAGAUAUACCAAGCAGGAUGUCUCAAGAGAGAGAAGCAUUGAAACUGAUCACUCUGCCAGUGGAAAUCUUAGAACAUAUCAUUUGUUAUCUGGAUGGCUUUAGCUUAAACAAUCUGUCACUGACUUGUAGAGGGCUAAGAAAUAUAUGUGCCUCUUUGUUGCAAGAGAAAGGAAUGGUUCUGAUGGAAUGGGAAAAACUUGAACAUAGUAACUCUUGGCACGUCAAAGAGAAUAAAUGGAGUUUUAGUAAGAGUAUGACCCCUAUCAGAAAAUGGAAAUUGAUUGGAGAUGGAGUCUUGUCGGAACAUUUGAAGAUAUGUGAGUUCAACCAGGAAAGAGACAAGAUAAUUCGCUCGGAGAAGUUUAAGGUCAUGGAGAAUUUAGAUUUAGUUGAGACAACAGAACAAAAAGUGCAAUAGAUGUGAUAGAUCAAAUUCUUCAAACAAACUUCCAUAUAUCGUGUUACUAGAUGGUAAAGCCACUGUUAUCUAUAUAUGGUGCCUUUUAUUACUACAUGUAUUAUGUGUUAAUUGUUUUAUCAAAGUCUUUCAAUGUCAGUAGAAAUGUCAACGUUAAAACUAGAGAGUAAUUUUAGUUAAUCAAAGUCAAGAUAUAGUAAAUGAUUCCAGAGUGUCUUUUUGAUGGCCAAACCAUUAUGACGUCACAAUUGAUUUGUUAAUUUUUACCCCCAUACUUUACGGAGUUAAAUGAAUUAAGAAAAAAAAUAAAACAGUUUCUUGACAUUCUAUUAAAUCAUUGGAAGAGUAAUCCUGAAACAAACUUAUAUUCAAUUCAACAUCAUUUUAAAGGACAGGUCAAGAGCUUGUUUAUUUCCAUUUUUGGAGAGACUGUAGGCAUUCCAGAUUUAUUUCAUUGGUCAAAAAUGAACAAAACUUUUGAGAUUUGUUACUUAUUUCCUUCAUAUUAUAUAUAAAUUGACAGUUAAAAACAUGACUCUUCAUUGUGUUUACCAAACAUUUAAGCCCUGAUACACCCUAUCAACAGAGCUAUUGUUAUGAAACAUCAUUCAAAAAAUUUAUAUCCUGAACUUCUAAAACCCCGAAGGCACUUUUUCAUUUACUAGAUCUUGACCUUAAAGUGCAGAUAAUCAGAUUUUACAGUCAAACAUCUUAUUGUUCAUACCCUCUUCAUUUUUUGUUGAAUAUUUGUUCUAUAGCUUGGAUUGUGGGAUUUUACAUGCAUGAUCAUUUUAUGAGUGUAACAAUAUGAAUUCUUUUUGUGAUAUUUUUAUAUCAGAGGUUACAUUGCUCUAAAAACUUAAGAAUCUUUUAUUUUUAUUUAAUUUUCCAAUCUUUGUAACAGCUGGAAUGUCUCUUAAAGUAAUUUUCAUGGUGAAUUCAGAAUGAUAUAUUUUUAAACCAUUGUAAUUCAAUAUUCUGGAAGAAUACUGUUUUCUAAUCAGAACAUCAAUAGCAAGUUGUAUGCAUCUGAUUUAUGUAUGUAUGAACCUUAUAGGCAUUAUAUGUAAGGCACCAAUAUAUAUGUUUUGAUAGUUUUGUCUUUGUUUGAUGAUGUCCAUACUGUUGAUUGCAAAUUUAAUAUAUUUGGGGGGGGGGGG